UAUGGUAUUUGCUCCAUCCUUUCUUUUACCUUGGUUUUCACGGUUCUUUACGUCGGCUACACUUUCCGGCACUACGAUUGAGCAACAACUACACGGCUCGUCGUCACUCGGAGCGUCGACUCGCGGCGCAGAAGAGAGGAGAGUGCGCGCUGUAAGAAGCCACAACUGAGAGUCCACUUAUCGGGGGGAUGGAAAGCUCACUCACUCCAAGCCCGCGGCACUAAGAGGUGUAGAGGAGGCCUCGGCAUUCGAGGUAUGCGGCCCUGCGCGCAAGAGCCACACGGCGCUCGCCCGGAGUCGUGCCGCCCGAGUGGCUUCUGCCCGCGUGUGCGCGACGGUCGGUCUCCGUCGGCCCUGCGGCAGCACUGCCGACCUUCCAGAUCGACCUUGGUCCACUCCUGAGGGAGCUCUUCCGACCUGGAGCGAAGAGACGACCCCGCCGUCAUCAUGAGCCGGGAGGAGGCCCUGGGCGCGGCAAGCACGGACGACCUGCUGCCCCUGGCGAGCGUGGCGGGCCCGUCGGCAGACCAGGAGCCCAGCCAGCCAGCCACGGCCGCCACCUCCCAGAACACCACCCCAAGGGAGUCCCCCCAGACCACGCCGGCCCUGGCGCGGAGGGCCUCCAAUGCCCCGGCACUCAAGCUCAACUUGGACGAUGCCACCUGGAGCACCGUGCGAAUGCCCAAGGCUGCUGGCGCCACCCACCUGGCACACCGCAGGGAGACGGAGAGGCCGACCAAGGGCUUCAGUGCGAAGGCGGCCAAGGCCCUGGCCCUGGUGCGCCAGAGCCGAACCCCGGAGUUCCGCUUUCGGCUGGUGCUGUGCGUGCUGCUGGUGAGCAUCGUGAGCGUGGUGGUGCUCACCUGGCACCUGCACGAGGCCUUCCAGGAGGCCAUGCGCCUGUCCACCAAGUCGGACUUCGCCUCCCAGACGCGCAUCCUGCGCCUGCUUGACAGUGGUGGACGCACCCUGCUCAGGGGCGACCUGGGACAGGUGAUCCCGCCCGCGUUGGAGGCUCAUGUGUGCCCCCUGCUCCACCUGGGCUACUGCUUCGAAUGGAAGUACCGGGCCCGGCUGGAGAUCAAGCUGGAACCCCAGAGGGAGGCCGAGGUCGUCUGCUACUCGGUCCACUGGGGAGCCACCUCGGUCCACACGGAGCUGGUCGACUGCUACGCCCUGGACGGUGCCGAGUGGUUCGGCAUGGGGGAGGUGCACAACCUUAGCUGGCCCCUGUCCAACCUCCAGCUGUCCAUGCGGCCCUUCGAGACCGGCCGGGCGGACCCCCUGGGCUCGGUGCUGGAGCCCUACUGGCUCUCGUCACGGGGGGUCUCCAUCGUGGCCCAGACGGGCCAGUCGCUCAUGUUCAGCUUCAACGCAACGGGCAGCAACCGGCUGUGCCUGGCGGCCAAGGAGGAGCUCAACUACACGCUGUGCACGGGUCCGGACGUGUUGGCCAUCCAUCGAGCGUCGGCCGGGCGCCUGCGCCGGCCGCCCGAAGGCAACUUGACGGCGGACGAGGAGACGUUCGUCAAGCACCCGGUGCUCGUGCCGCGCCCCGGCGAGGACGGUAACCUCACCCAGGUGACGGUGCAGGAGUAUGCGAACCGCUUCGUGAGCCACGGCUUCAACGGGGGCUUUGUCCUCAUCCGGGACGGCUGGCAGCAGACGCAAGGGGACCUGUCUUUCUGGAAGGAGGCCUUCCCACACCCAGCCGAGAUUGUGCGCAUUCUGCACAACAAGGGCAACCGGGUGCUGCUCGACGUGCACCCCUACUUCUGCCUCAACUCGAGGAACUUCAGGGCGGCCAUGGACGGGGAGUACCUGCUGGCGGACCAGAGCAAGGUGCCGCUGCUGACCCGCUGGAACGGCAGCCUCUGCGCCGUCGUCAACUUGUUCGAGGACCGAGCCGCCGACUGGUUCCUCGGUCAGCUCGACCAGCUGCGCACCUCGCUGGGCGUGGACGGCUUCGUGUUCCGAGGCGGCCAGGCGAGGGCCCUGCCAUACGGCCAGGGCCGCUGGGCGUCUGCCUUCUUGGGCCGCUACCUGGAGGUGGCCGCCCGCUCGAGCGCCUUUCUAGGCACCCCGGGGGGACCAGGCUUCGUUACCCUGGCACCCCAGCCCUCCACCUGGGCCGCCCUGCAGGGGAUCCUGCCCAAGGUGCUGACCCUGGGCUUGCUGGGCCACCGGGUGGUGAGUCCUGGCUGCGUCGGGGGCGACCUGGUGGCGCCCGGAACCAAGCCCGAGCGGGAGCUCUACUUCCGCUGGUGGCAGCUGGCCGUCUUCAUGCCGGUCCUCCAGUUCUCGGUCCUGCCCAGCGACUACAACGACGACUUUGAGCUCACCAAGGUGUCCCGGGUGCUGACGCAGUUCCGCAAGACCCGGGUGGAGCCGGCUAUCCGCGAGGCCUUAGAGGAGCCCGGGGCGCCCAUCGUGCGCCCGCUCUGGUGGCUGGACCCCCGGGACUCGAACACCUACGGGGCGGGCCACCAGUUCGCCCUGGGCCGCAACCUCAUCGUGGCCCCCGUGCUGGAACCCGGCCGCAACUCGGCCUACGUCUACCUCCCGCAGGGCUGGUGGUGCGAGGAUCAGAAGCUGCACCGGGGCGGCAAGUGGAUCAGCGUCGUGGCACCCCUCGAAAAGGUCACCUACUUCAGCCGCUCGGACAAGUGCUAACCCCGCCCGGACGCACGUUCGACGCGGCUUCGCAACGUGCGCCGUGGUGCCUGGAACGCACCUCCAACUGAGGAGUUUACCGCGUCCUAAAAUGCGGUGCCCUGAUUUCCGCGCGACGACGUCACAAAAGUGUCAUGCUGUCGCCGGCUGCGACCCUGGCAGUGUCACAGCAGGAGUGGCGGACGUGGCGGAUGCCGUUUUCUGAUGUAGUCCGCUCUCCAGCUUUACAGUUCGCGAAAGUUUCGGCAGCCAGGAGUUGGGACACUGCGACAACAGCGGCACUUGCAUUUGCUCUUACAUUUUGCCGGAACUUGCGUGCCCAACCGUCAAGAUUACGACAUCCGAAGGCACUUGGUAACGUCAUUCGUUGCCACAUCGGGACCACUUUCGAUGCCACUGCUAUGUGCACUGCGCUCGUUUGCUUCGGGGUGGUGCCAUGGUGCCGUCGUGACUGAGGUCUCCCGGCUUUCUCUUGAGAACCGGACGGUGCAUUUGGAGUGCCGUCGAGGAGACGCGACGAGAUAGGCGUCGACGGCUCCGGGCAACUAAAGCGAGAGCUGCAAACCGGUCCAUUCAUCAGCAUCUGCUACACUUCGUGGCCGUGACCUUUCCCCAGGCUCUGCGGUGGACUCGCAUGCCGUAAGAUGCCGAUCUUGCUCCCGUCUCCCGACGAGCAUCCACCCCAGACUUCCGAGCCCACCUGGUCAAAACUUAGCGUGCAGGUGGAAAGUGGCGAAGCUUCUCCUAUCUCGGGCUCCUUUCGCAUUUUCCCUCUUGAACCUAACGAGUGCCCGUCCCCCAAUUUCUCGAGAUUAUUCCUAAAUUUUGGGUGGGUGCUCUCUCGGUAUUUUGGGGUAGUCCACAUCGGGAGAGUGGUUGGCAGCCAUCAUCCCGGCAUGCGUUGGGAGGGAAAGCGGUGAAGCAGCCUUUGGGACAAUGUGCAUUGACCAUGACCCGUCCGGACGAGACGCACUCGACGAGCUCCAGACGAGACGCAGCAGUGUGCACUGGUGAGGAGGAUUCGCAUUUGUGGCACGCGCAGCUUCCAACAAUACGAAAGACCCAUUUUCCGAGACAGUUUAUGGGGCGGUGCUAAGCACGCUUUGGCCUUAGGCACCAUAUUUUUUAGAGUGACGACGAAACGAAGGUUUGUUUAUCUUUUACACCUAGCGGUCUGGUCACGUCCAGAGCAAAGCCUGGGUAGCCUUUUGAAAUUGCAUUGUCAUAUGGGUCUUUUAUAUCGUUGAAGACUGUACGCUUGUGCCCUUCCUCUUUCCCUUAACAUGCACCCACAUUCCCAACGUGCUAGCAUCUGAAAGUGGCCGAGGAAUGGCCGGCACUUCUCCGGGCAGACGGGCAAUAGUGCCCUUUGGCACCGUCUUCGGCGGGACGUUGCGCGAGAUUCGACAAGUCCGGGCAAAGAUUGCCCAGAAACGUGUCCGUCCUGACUGGUAGUGUGUGACCCGUCCUGACGUGUCUUUGGGCAAGUCUCAUCGACAAAGUAUCUGCUGCCACUUGUCCGACCCGGUUGGACACCCGACAAUGUCUAGCGUUGCAUCUGAUGCGGGGGCUGCUCAAUCUAUUAUUUACAACCUUGUUCGAACCCGAGGCAGCUCACGGACCACAACACGUCCCGUCUACUCCCGACGAGCCUGUACUCUGAGAAGCAUUUUGUACUCCUGACGAAACUGUAUUGUGAGUGUGUGUGAACCUUUUCGUGAGGCCUUGCGAGCGUUUUGUACUUUGAGUGUACCUAUGCGAUUGAGAUCGCAGACGUGCUGGGGGCAUUCGAGAGAAACGGAUAGUUUUAAGCGACGUAAAUUAACAAAACCACGUAUAGUCAAGUUGGCGGCAGGUUAAAAGUUCAGGGGAGACUCCUCCCACCUCUUUCCAGUUUAGCGGAGCGAACACUCCAUUAAAGUGUAAAAAGGUGGAAGGAGCUUCCCCCAAACCCUUAACCUGUCACCAACUAUAGGUCAGCUCGUCGGUUAUUGCACUACGGCAUGCCUAAUUCCUGACUCCAGAUACAUUCUUUUUUUUUUUUAUUUGGGGACC